GUCCAAAUAACAAAUAAUAAAGCAACGAUAAAACAACGAGAGAAUUAAAUUUGUAAUAAAUUGAUAUUUAUUAUUUUAGCAGUGAGUAAAGGAUGAUUGUGUAUUCAAAAGAAUUUUAAUCUCGUACAUAUAUUUUAUAAUGGAAGAUUUUAUUCCAACAAGAGUAUCAAAAAUAAAAAAGGACGCCGUGAAGGAAUUCGUAUCGGUAAAUUAUGAAAAACCAAAGAAAAAAGUAAUAACUAUUGAAAGUAAAGAAAACAAUGACGUAGAAAAUUCUAAAUUCAACGUAACAAAAAACGAGCGGAAUGAAAAUGACAAAAGAAGAAAACAGGAACUAGAAAUGAAACGUGUCAGAUACGAGGUUAUGAAAUUCGGUAUGUCUGGUUUUAAAGGAGAAAAAGCAAAAGAAGCGGAAAUAGCGCUCGCUGUAAGUUUAGGAGCAAAACCUCCCAAAAAGAAGUAUAUUAAUUAUAAGAUAUUACAACGUGAAAGGAAAGCUGAGAAGGAAACACGGCAAAAUGACGUGACACAUGCAUCAGGUCUUGAAAAAAGUCUAUCAAAUCAUAAAAAUAAAAAAGCGCGGUGGAAGCGCGGUUCUGAUGGUUUACUGAAUGUUUAUGGAAAAGUAAAUAAGAAAACAUUGGGUAAAAAUCAAAAAUAAAAUUUUAACCAUAAACAUUUAAAAUACUUUUAGUUGCUCUGUUCAAUAGUUACAACGUUAACUAAUUGUCUAACAAUAAUGUGUUUCAUGUAAUGUAUAUUAUAUAUGAGUAACAAGUAAUAAAAUAAUAUUUUUAUA